AUGCCAGCGCCAUUGCGGCUGCCUCAGCAUCCGCCCCAGCUCCACCAGCUCCAGACCUCGCGAUUCAAGCGGCUCUUGCAGCAGUUGAAUGAUUGCCAUGAGGAGGAGCUAAGUCGAGCUGCACCGCGUGGACCGCAAGGGUUCCAAGAUCCUGGCAAUGCACCCAGCUGCCCCAGAUGCAACUUCAAUUUUCAGAACACGAGUCUUCCAAACGCUGUGGACUUGGUGAAGGACAGCUCAGACUGGGGUGUCCGUAUUCGAGAAGUGGGAGAGCGAGAAUUCGAUGAACCAGGUCUUUGGAUGGAAGAUGCUUCUCCAACUGCAGUGAAGUCCCAGUUCUUUGCUGCAGUGAAGGCACUUGGACAGAGGCCCAUGAAGUCGCGUGACGAUAUCGCAGAGCUUCUUAGGGCUCCACCAGCAGCUCUGCAGGUGCGUGGUGACCUUGAUCUCGAUCCAGGAGGUGAUACCUCUGACGCUGGAGAGGAUGAGGUGAGUCCAAUCAGAUCAUCGACAGUUGGUUCAGAGCGUGAGGUGAAACGCAUCGGCAAGGAGAGGUUCCCUUUGCGCCGCCUUUGGGCGAGUGAAAGCAAAGUGCAGCCAGUUCGUCAAACGCGUCGGCAGACUAGCAAAAGCAAACUAGAUUCGGACGAUGCCUCUUCAUCGGCCCGAAAUGAGGAAUCUGAAAGCGCAUUUGCAUUCAUCAAAAAGCUGACAUGGAAGUCGUUUAUCUCCUACCCGAGCAGCCUCACUCGCCUUAGCUGGGACAUGUUUGGUGGCGUCCUGAUCAUGUACGAUUUGUUCGCCGUUCCUCUACAAGCGUUCAAUCCUCCACAGAGUACUGGCUUGCUGAUCAUGGACUGGCUCACGCUUAUCUUUUGGACGCUCAAUGUUGGCAUGUCGCUGACCACCGGAUAUGUUCAAGAGGGUAUCACCAUCAUGGAGCCGAAAAAGAUUGUGUACAGAUAUUUGAGAACUUGGUGUAUAGUGGACCUUGUGGUUCUGGUUCCGGAUUGGGUCUUCACAAUUAUUGCAUCGGAUUCCAGCAGUACUGCAGUUGCAGACUUCAGCAAGAUGCCUCGAGUGGUAAGGCUUGCCCGUGUCGUGCGCUUGCUGAGAUUGGUAAGGCUUAAACGCCUCUUUGAGCAGAUUGAAGAUGCCUUGGACUCUGAGUACUAUAGUGUCCUAUUCAACAUUUUCAAGAUGAUGCUGCUUCUUUUCACUGUGAACCAUGUGAUUGCUUGCGGAUGGUAUGCCCUGGCUGAUGCCAACCGUAGUGAUGCAGGCAUCAAUACGUGGACAAAGGAGUGGCAGAUGCAAGACUUUCCGUGGGAGCAUCUGUAUUUGGUCUCCCUCCAUUGGAGUCUAACCCAGUUUACUCCAGCAGGUAUGGAUGUCACGCCCACCAACGAGGUGGAGCGUGGUUUUACCAUUGGGGUGGUUGUCUUUGCGCUGGUGGGCUUCGCGUAUGUGGUUGGAAGCAUCACUGCAAGCUUGGCUCAGCUCCGAACUAUGUCUGAAGAGGCCUCCAAAGAUUUCUGGCAAAUGCGACGCUUCCUGAACCAGAAUUCGGUGGAUCACAAUUUGGCAGCAAGGAUCCAACGUUUUGUGGAAUACACAUACAGUCGCCAGCAGAAGACCAUGUCCAUCAACCAGGUCAAAGUCUUGUCCCUCCUGUCCAAGCAACUGAUGGAAGAGCUGCAGUGCGCCAUCAACCUGCCACACAUGAAAGUGCAUCCGCUCUUCAUGUUCCUCAAUGAGUUCUCUUUUAUCACAAUGAACCGCUGUGCAAAGGACGUGGUGCUUUCAAUCCUGUGCGGCAUGUACUUUGUCGCGGCGACCUCAGGAACCUUUCCAGGUUACGAGUCUGCUGAGUCUUCCUUUGGACGCUUGGAGUACAUCCGAAUGAUUGACAAUCAUGGCACGGAGGAAUUUGUCGACAAGGCUGAAGACUGGCUCGCAGAGCCAGCCUUGUGGACUGAAGCCUGGUACCAUGUCGGUGAAGCCAAAGCCUACACAGAUUGUGAGGUUCUGAUGGUCGAUCCAAAGGCAUUUGAGGAAAUCCUGAACGUAGUCAGACCAGUUGCCAGCAUCGUAGCCAACUAUUGCAGGAGCUUUAUGGCCUGGCUUCAGAACCUGGAGUCUGAAGAGGGAAUGUUGACAGAUGUCAUUCAAGGUGAUCAGGUAUCUGACACCAUCCAAAGCUUUUUGCCGAUGUGGAUGGUGGAGAAACCUGACGAGACUCCAGGUAAAAUGGAAAGCGCAGGGGAUUUGCUGAGGGGGAGCCGGUGGAGCUUUGGCGCCAGCUUUAAAAUCUUCCCAGUGAUCAUCCCUAUGGGCAAUCGCUCUCAAGGCCUUUCGGCGGACGGCGAAGCCUCCCAAGCUGUGACAGAGCUUCAGGCUCACGUUUUAACUCGUAGGAUUGAAUGGGGCGUGCUACUGCGGCCUGACAAGCAGGGUUCCCCUCGCUAUGCUAGCAGAGAGCUGCUAGGGCGUCUUGGUCGUCUGGCACGAGGUGAAGAUCCUGAUCUUCCAGGAUCACUGCGCUUGGCUGCACACCUUUGUGGGGAGGACUGCCUCAGGGCGCUGAAUGGUGAUGUCCGCCACAUUGAAGAGCUCUACAAGCUUUUGGGCGUCAGACGUAUGCAGCUGAAUCCUACCAAGGCGAAUGAAGUUACUGGAUGGGCAGCAGCAGAUGCAGCCGCCAACCUGCGGAAGCUUUCCCAAGCUCUGCCCGAACUUGAGCUGAUCUUGCAAGUGAACCAGGAGACACGAGAGCUUUUUCAGCUUCUUUUUCAUGGAGAUGUGCCUCCUCCGGCCAACAUGUCGGUCCUCUUGGAUGCUUCUUGUGGCCUGGGCGUGUCCCCAACCACUUGGGAGCCACCGCCAGGUCUUCGACGCUUUGGCUUUGCUGGUGGCCUUGGCCCAUCCACAGUGCUGCCGCAGCUUGAGGCCAUGAACCGUGACUGCGAGGCAAACUACAAAGAUGCUGUCGUUUGGAUAGACAUGGAGACUCGCAUUCGAAGUCAGGUGAAUGGCCGUGACGUGUUUGAUCUUUCACUAAUCCGCUCUGUUGCAGAGAAAAUUGCUGAGAGUGGUUGGUUGCUGAAGAGCAGCCUUUGA